GGAAUGCCGCCUGUUAUGUUAGGUUUAGCGUAGAAUUUGACGUUUUUCCGCUAAAAUUGAAGCAAUGGCUCCGACAGCUUCCGUCGUUUCUGAUGGAGAUGCUAAAUGGGAAUUCAGCUGUGACUUCGAAGUGGACUGUGAAUCUGAGAAGAAAGCUUCAAUUGUCUAUAAUGCUUUAGUCGUCGAUAAAGAGUUGCAGCCAGACAAGGUGAAAAGGGAGAUGACAGUUUCUGAUGGAAAACUUUCAGUACACUUCGAGGCAGUGGAAGCAAGAUUUCUGCGUGCAUCAUAUAGUGCUUUUCUGGAUGUGCUUACUCUUGCCAUAAAAACAAUCGAAGAUUUCGGACAAGGAUUGGAUUUCUGAUAGCCUUCGCUCAUCUUUUACAUCUCAUGUUUGCUUAGUUUACAUCUGAUCUCCAAUUUUGUUACAAUAUGAUUUGAAGUGGUUUGAUCCAUGGUGAAGAACCACAUCCAACAUCCAUCAUUCGAACAUUGAGAUCCAACAAUAUAACAUUUUCGAUACCAUAUUACUCCUUACAUUCAG